AACCUCCUUCUGCCUCCCCUGCUCUCUAACUCGGUUAAGAACAAUUUUAUCAAAUAAUAGACCCUGUAUAAUUUCUUAAGUGACACAAAUUAUUUUCAGAUUAUAUCCAAACAUUAACAGAAUCCAUGCACCUCCAGAAUUUUGAAUGUUGCAUAUCGCAGGCAGAUUAUCUGUAGGCACAAUAGCAGUUGCCAUAGUUGGUCAAGAGGCUUGAGAAUGGACAUGGUUUUUAAAAACUAAUCCAUUUUAAGUUAUCUGAAGAACUUACUGUAAAAAGACUUUUUGUUCUAAAGAUGUCUCCCACUCCAGAGAAGGAGCAGUCUUGGCUGAGGAUUCCCUGCUGUGGGUCUCCAUCUCAGUCAUUUUGAGUUUGGCCUAAUCAAAGCCGGAGGUGAUGAAGUCGAUCCUAGAUGGCCUUGCAGAUACCACCUUCCGCACCAUCACGACAGACCUCCUCUACGUGGGCUCGAGUGACAUUCAGUAUGAAGAUUUCAAAGGCGACAUGGCAUCCAAAUUAGGGUACUUCCCACAGAAGUUUCCUUUAACUUCCUUUAGGGGAAGUCCCUUCCAAGAGAAGAUGACUGCAGGAGACAGCCCCCAGCUGGUCCCAGCAGACCAGGUGAACAUUACCGAAUUUUACAACAAGUCCCUUUCGUCCUACAAGGAAAAUGAGGAGGACAUUCAGUGUGGGGAGAACUUCAUGGACAUGGAGUGCUUCAUGAUUCUCAACCCCAGCCAGCAGCUGGCCAUCGCCGUGUUGUCCCUCACACUGGGCACCUUCACGGUUCUGGAGAACCUGCUGGUGCUGUGUGUCAUCCUUCACUCGCGCAGCCUCCGCUGCAGGCCUUCCUACCACUUCAUAGGCAGCCUGGCGGUGGCAGACCUCCUGGGGAGUGUCAUUUUUGUCUACAGCUUCGUUGACUUCCACGUGUUCCACCGGAAAGAUAGCCCCAACGUGUUUCUGUUCAAACUGGGCGGGGUCACGGCCUCCUUCACCGCCUCAGUAGGCAGCCUGUUUCUCACAGCUAUUGACAGGUACAUCUCUAUCCACAGGCCCCUGGCCUAUAAGAGGAUCGUCACCAGACCCAAGGCCGUCGUGGCCUUUUGCCUAAUGUGGACCAUCGCAAUUGUGAUUGCUGUGCUGCCGCUCCUGGGCUGGAACUGCAAGAAGCUGCGGUCGGUUUGCUCAGAUAUUUUCCCGCUCAUCGACGAGACCUACCUGAUGUUCUGGAUCGGGGUCACCAGCGUGCUGCUGCUGUUUAUCGUGUACGCAUACAUGUACAUUCUCUGGAAGGCUCACAGCCACGCGGUCCGCAUGAUUCAGCGCGGCACCCAGAAGAGCAUCAUCAUUCACACGUCAGAGGACGGCAAGGUGCAGGUGACCCGGCCAGACCAGGCCCGCAUGGACAUUAGGCUGGCCAAGACCCUGGUCCUGAUCCUUGUGGUUUUGAUUAUCUGCUGGGGCCCUCUGCUUGCCAUCAUGGUAUAUGAUGUCUUUGGGAAGAUGAACAAGCUCAUUAAGACGGUGUUUGCAUUCUGCAGUAUGCUCUGCCUGCUGAACUCCACUGUGAAUCCCAUCAUCUAUGCUCUGCGGAGCAAGGACCUGAGACAUGCUUUCCGGAGUAUGUUCCCCUCGUGCGAAGGCACCGCGCAGCCUCUUGAUAACAGCAUGGGGGACUCGGACUGCCUGCACAGACACCCCAACAAUGCAGCCAGCGUUCACAGGGCCGCAGAGAGCUGCAUCAAGAGCACCGUCAAGAUUGCCAAGGUGACCAUGUCUGUGUCCACAGACACAUCUGCCGAGGCUCUGUGAGCCUGACCCUUCCCUGGCAGCAAAGGAAAAGAAAUUCCUUUUUUUUUUUUUUAAAGCUCCAAAUCUAGAAGAGUGUGUCAUCUCAUCAUUGUGUUUUUUAAAAUUAUUUUACAAUGCUCAGUGAGAAGGUGGUUGUCACCAUGAGCAGUUAUCAGUUCUCAAACAUUUCAGUAGGUAGGUCCUCAAACUCAGUCCUCUCGGGGUUUGCAGUGAGGAAAACCUGUUGCUGAAGAGACUGGAAGGUCCUUCAAUGUCUCAAUGAAACAGGAGAGAAGCCUUUGGCUACAGAAUUUGAAGUCUAGAUGUCCAUAGAAAAAUGCCGUCAAAUGAGUAAUGCCUGUGUGACCACAACUUUUAUUAUAAUGUGAAACGUAUUUGUCUGAGUAUUAGAGAUGUCCAUUUUUACAGCAGUUAUAGUACUAAAGUAGACCUAUUUUGUAAAAUGUGUCAUGUGAGAUGUGUAUCGGUGUGCACUGUGUGUCAUUCAUAUUUGUCUAGCUCAGCAAAAUUGAAAGGUAGACUUUUCUGAGAACAAUGGAACCCAAGCAGUGGAUAUAUGUCAGCGAGACCACUUUCUAAACAAAUUAUGGCCUGUGAUUUAACUUCAGAACCCGUAAUAUUUUUUCAAAUUUCUCUAUGUAAAUUUGACAUUGAAGUAAACAUUAAGGUUUAUUUUUUAUUUUUGUCAAUACAACAAGGAGAAUUUGAAGACUACCCAAAGUAUCGAGCAGAAUUCAUUGACACUUAAAAAUUUAUUAGCCCUGCAUUUUCAUACAAGGACAUUUAUUAUCUUCUGGAAAAUAGCUGUUCUGUUGAGUGAUGGAUUAUAAUCAGAACAGAAGAGAGAAGGCAUAUUGACUUUUUUCGCUGACAUCUCUGACUUUCUUUAGUCUUUAGCUACUAUGGGACCUCUUAAGAUAGCAUGUGUCAAUCUUAGUGUAUAUUGUCAUCACUGUGCAAUUGCUGUUUACUUGAAGAGUAUUGCAUCCUUCUUCCAGGUUUAAGUAGAUUUCAUGCCUGGGAGGCCAAACAAGAGUCUUCAUUUCUUCUUCAUUGAGAAGAAGUAUUAUCUGGAUCAGUAAAAUUAUACUGUGUGUGAGUGUGAAUAUAAAUGUGUGUAUGUGUGUGUGUUUAUCCUGUAACUGUUACAGUAAUGUCAUAAGGUGAGAAAACUGUGACCAAGUGUAAACUGUACCACUUGCUGCACUCUUGCGCAUGAAUUCAGUUUCUGAAGUGGAGUUCUUCCAGAAAUCUUGUUGAUAAAAACACUGACCAUAAACAUUCAGAAAAUUCCCUUCCCUCCUUAAGAGCUUGGGUCAGUAUUACUAAUUGACCUUUCGGUAUUCCAUGAACAGUGUUUAGACAGGACUAUGCAGUGAUGAGCAUUCAAGUGGAGGUCUGCAUUUACAGAGUUAAUGGCAGUGCAUUGCCAUGUAACGCAUGAGAGCUUUUUGGUUUCUGAGCACCUACGAUCAAGACCACGGACAUAUAAGUCAUUAAAAGGGAAGCAGUUCUAAAAACCCCCAGUGGUGACAUUUUUCAGUUGUGCACGUAGGCAGUGAGAUCCCAGUUUAAGGUGCUCUGUACACCACUUGCUGAAGUAGGACUUCCAGGUGUGGCCCACGUGGCUCAGGAGGCCUGUCAGACAGGAGGGGAGGCAGAACAAGUCAGUGAGGAGCCGCCCACUUGGGGCUGAGGCCUGGAUGAUACAGAUACAGAGCUUCACCCAGCUGCCCCUGGUGGUGACCCAGUGUCUGGCUUUGGGUGGUUUGGGCUACGGGAUAGGCCUCUCCUCUGCUCAUGCUUAAGCAUAAGAGGUAUAGCUUGCUUUCUUCCUAUGCCCCAGUCUCAAGCUCCUUAACAUGCCAUGGGUGCUCAGAAUGAGGCCCUUUCCCAGUAAACAGUCAUACUGCUCAAGAAGCCACUUGACCCUGCCAAACUUUACUUACAGUCUUCUCCUUAUACAGAUAAAGCAUGGCUCCUGCGGGCCCCAGAGGCCUGCAUAGCCUGAAAUGAAGUGGAGAGCUAGCCUUUAUCUGGUGAUGCCUAGCCAUCUAGACACUGCAGCAACCUGAUGGGGGCAGUGUCCUCUCUUGCAGUGUGUGGUGUAAGGCUGAAUGUGGCCUCUGGACCAAGCUUGGGAUGUAUUACUGUCUGUCUCUACAGCUUGAAUCUGCUUGCUGGUUCCCUCUCUAGGAUAUACAGGUGAGGGUCUAGGAUGCUGGAGGAUGAAUAAGAUCAUUUUAGAAGAAGGAGAAAAGACUAUUUA